AUGCAUCAUGACGAAACAAAAACAAGGCGAAAGUUUGUCAUUGCUUCCAUCAAUACUAGCUUAAAAGAUACAUUGGCGAACUCUGAAGCUGACAAGUUUCUUUUCGGAGAUAACAUGUCAGAAAAACUUAAGACAGCAAAAACUGUACAACGCUCUGCUGAAGCACUAAAGGUGACACAAGCACCAUUUUCUAGGGCUAACUUUUCUAAUAAUAAAUCUUUUAACAGCAAGAAUAAUUUAAACUACAAGCCCCUGCAUCAAAAGACAACAGGCAGGCAACAUGCAGGGAGGCCGUAUGCAGUCCUGCCACCACGGCACCAGAACAGCAGUUCGCAACGGCAGACUCACUGGAUGCAGCGGCCGCCUCCACCACCGCCGCCCUCUUCACACCAACCACCUCUGCCGAUACGCAGGUCGGCUCGCAAA